GUUAAUUUUAUGCUGGAUACAGUCACCAGGCCAACGUAAUUUUUAAUAAAUUUUUUGAUUGACAGUUUCGGGGAUAGUUUUGAUUAAAAAUUAUUUGCUUGAUUUAUUUUAUUGUGUUGCUAAAUGACAAGUAUUUAAUAUGGAAACAAGUUAUAGUAGAACAGUUGAACGUAAUAUUGUUCAUGAAUGGAAAAUUGAUAAUAUAAGUGCUUACGUAAAUGAUUUUGAUACAGAUACUAAGAUUACUCUUAAUUCUUCAAACUUUACAACAGGAGCCAAAAUUAACGAUCAAUGGUGUAUUCGUUUACAAGCAAUUACUUCAUUGAAUUCUUUUACGCAUCAAAUGUUUACCUGUCUAUAUUUUUAUUUGUGCCAAUUGAAUGAUCUCGAUAAUAUAAAUACAAAGUUUUCAAUAUUUAUUUUGGAUAACGAAAAAACAAAACUAUUUAUUGAAGAACGUCGCUUGCUACUGAACAAAGGUGAUACUCAAAUUCUUUCGGUACCAAAAUUUUCACUUUGGAAUAAUAAUAAAGAUAAAAAUUUACCCAACAAUACUUUGACAGUGUGUCUAGACCUAACUGUGUACGACGCUCCUGUAACAACUUGCAGAAAACUUAACUUAAAAAUUUUAAAACAUCAAAUAGCUCAUGAUUAUAAGCAACUUUACGAGUCUAAAAUGGGUAGCGACGUUGUUGUAAAUGUGGGUGAUACUAAUUUUGAAGCUCAUAGAAGUAUUCUAAUGGCGCGAAGCCCUGUUCUGGCUGCAAUGUUUUCUCAUGAUAUGAUUGAGAAAAAAGAAAAUAGAAUUCCUGUACAAGACAUUACUUCGGAGAUCUUCGAAAAACUCUUGGAAUAUAUUUACACUGAUGAAGUAACUGAUUUGGAUGCGGAUGCUGAGCGUUUAUUAGAGGCCGCAGACAAAUAUCAGAUACAAUCACUUAAAGAUAUUUGCCAAGAAUCACUCAGUAAAACUUUGACUGUUGAAAAUUCGUUGAAAAUAAUGGAUAAAGCUGAUCUUUACGAUGCCCAAGAGUUAUUACAAUUCACAAAUGAUUUCAUUACAUCGAACAUCAAAGAAAUCAUUGAGACUCAAGACUUUAAAAAUCUUGAAAAAUCGAAUCUUGCUAUGGCAUAUCAAUUAUUGAAAAAAUUUUCAUUUUAUAAUUAAGAAGACAAUAAACAUAGUUUACUAAUAUAUUUACAAUAAUAAACUAACAACGAACAUUGGAAUUAAAUACAACAACUUGGUGCCCAGCGGUAUAGUAUAAUACAUAAUUUAAAAUCUAAUUCAAUAUCUUUAAAAAUGUUUAAUAAUUAUUACGUCUUGUAUGUUUUUUUUCCUAAAAAUGUCAGAUCAAUAUGAAAGCUAUUAAUUGUUUAUCUAUUUUGGAAAUAAUUACUUACUAUUAUUAAAAAACUUUUAUAUUUUUCUGACAAACUAUUAAAGGAAUUUCGUAAAAUAAAUAAAAUUUAUUAUAUCGUUAAUUAUUCACUCCUCCUACUAAAUUUAAAUCCCGCCAUUUUUAAUAUAAAGUGGCGCCAAUGCGGAUCUUUUGAAAUCUCUAACUUAUCAACGAUUAAAUGUCGGUAAUAAAUUCAAAUAAUUUAAUUAAUUGUUGCAAUGUUUAUUGAAAUGAUAAAAUUAACUUUUCAUGUGUGUAUGAAUUUAAUUAU